AAGUUGAAACGCAGGUAGAGAGGCGGCGAUCGAAUUCAACGUCUGUGUCUGGAAGAACAAGCCGGACAGUGCAGUGAGUUGUGUCGUGAAGUUAAACCUUAAACCCUAAACCGGUUAAAUAAGAAAGAGAAAAACCCAUUCUUCAUCUUAUUAUAUUUUUCCGAAAACAAAAAUAGCAAACAAAAGCCCUAACUUUGCUUCUGUUUUAUUGUACCCAUCAGAGAAGGAAUUCUGGGUCCUUGAUUUGCGGGCUGGAGAAGAAGCGACGCGGGAAGAGCAGAGCUUGCGGUUGACACCUGCUCCGGUUGUCGUGGCUUCAGCUGUGGUCUCGGAUUCUUUAGCUACCGGCGGACUUCUAUCUGCAAGAUAAUGAUGUUAUGGGACAAUGAAGAAGACGAAUAUGGAAGUUGGUUACAUGCUUAGCCUUCAUAUUUUAUAGCAAGCAAUGGCAGAAAAAAAUCACAUGGAUUUAUUGACUGUAUUGGAGAACAUAUUAGAUUCUGAUCCUCUAAUUGAUGAACUGGGUUUUAUUCAUCCUCUUCAAUUCCUAACGUUAGAUAAAGAGGAUGCUGGUAGUGGAAUGUCGUCUGGGAAUAUUCUGCAGUCUGAAGACGGGGUCUUGAAUUCAAGAUCAUUAGAAGGCCUCUCUUAUGUGCCUUUUUGGUGUAGAGAUCAUAAGCUAGGUAUCUCAACUGAGAUUCUUAUGCCCCUAUAUGGUGCAGCUAAAUGUGCAUUUAUAUCUGUAUAUGAAAAGUACAAGGUACAGACUAAUGUUUGCAUGAACAAAGAUGAAUUCCCUGGAGGUAUGAAAAAAAGCAUGUCAUUUCCUUUUAGCAUUAUUGAAGCUGAAGUCAUGAGGCACAGUCGGGUGCUUUUGUUGUUAAGCAGCGACUAUGGAACUGCUUGGAAUGCUAGGAAGCUGGUUUUGUCAAGCAAACAAGAAGUCCAAUAUUUUGUGGAUGAAUUAUUCUUCUCAGAUCUGGUACUUUCAUAUUUUCACAAGAGUGACAUGACUUGGAGCCAUAGGCGUUGGUUGAUCAAGAAGAUUGUUACAAUGCAUCCGUACGUGCAAGAUAUUGUGGAAAAAGAAUCAGAGUUAGUGCAGAAAUUAGCAGAGAAGUCAAAAAUGAAUUAUCGUGCAUGGAAUCAUCGUUGUUGGCUAGUUUCUUACAUGACAGAAGGUCAGGUGCUGCACGAGUUGAACAAGUCGAAAGAGUGGGCUGGAUUGAAUGUUGCUGAUAGUUCUUGCUUUCAUUACCGCACACGGCUAAUGCUGAAGAUGCUAGGAGAUAGUUCUACUCGCCACAGUGGCAAUGUAGAGAUUCGUCAAGCAUGGAACGAAGAGCUUGAAUGGAAUAAAUUGUUACUCCUACGUUAUGCAGGACGAGAGGCUCUAUGGAUUUAUCGUCGUUUCCUUUCUCUGUGCUGGAAAAAGAAUUUUGCAUCUGGGACUCCUCAAUCAGAUGAAGAUGUUUUUAUAAUAGAUGAGUUAGGAUUUGUUUGCUCUUGUUUAAGUAUCCCAAAUGACGACUUUGGAGAUUACCAAACAAACUCAACUUUAGCUGCGGCGUAUGCUUUGUGGUUGUUGAAGCAAAUACGGGAUGAUAUAGGAAUCGAAAUUCAUGAGAAUGUACCUGUAAUCGAGUUAAAGGAUGCGAUAAACAAGAUAUACCCAGGAAAAUUCUUCCUUCAAUGUGCUCUACCCAAGAAAGCUUGAUAACCAACUCAUGAUCAUUGUAAGUUAUUGUUUUCAGUAAACUUAAGGGUUGUUUAUUUGAAUUAAAAUUACAGUUUUGAGCUGUAAUUUUAUAUUUUGAAGUAUAUGGAGUUCAAUUUUUCUUAA